AGUUUAAAGCGUCAUUUACCUCGCAGCGUCGCCGGGAGUAAAGCUUUGCGAAAGUGAAGAAUCCUUGAAAAGUCUUGCAUACAGAGACGAAGAUGACUGCCAAAGUUUUCUUCUUCGUUAUUGCCGUUCUAUUUGUGAUGCAAAUUGAAGCUAAUCCUCUGUACGACCGAGAUUUUUUUCGGAGACUGCACAUGCAGCCAGUGAUGGACGAACACCCGGAUGCAUACGCACGUCGACGGCUAGAGCCAAUGAUGGACGAGACUCCAGAUGAGUACAUUGCUCGACGUGAAGAGCUCAUAUACGGCAGGGGACUCUGUGAGAAUGAAAACAAGGCGUACUGCGAACAAUGGAAAGCGUAUUGUGACCAACCCGCUUUUUUUAUAAAUGAAAAUCGCUAUAAAAUGUUUGUCAACAAGAUGUGCACAGCGGCUUGUAACAGAUGCAAAUAGGUAAAGACGUGGUCCUUUUCGUAGAAACACAUGGUUUUGAUGCAAGUUUUUUUCAAUCUUGUCGAGGCAAAAUGAUUUGUGAUGCAGAGUAGCUGUAGUCGAUAGCUUCAUUAGAUAAAAUUCAUUUUUGUACUUUAUGGCAGUACAUCCUUGUAAGUAAAAAUGUUGAUUUUUGAUUAACAAUUAAAUCCUAAUUACAAUAA